UGCCUAACUUAAUACUCUGUGAUGCCUUCAGUGUUGGAAAAAACGUACUUGGGUAUAAAAUGCGUUCGACUAACUAAAUAAUAUUUUAUGUUUAAAAAAACUAACAAAUGGAAAAAUUGUUCCAGAAUAACAUGAAUGAUGUAAAUUAGUGUUCUAAAUUAAGGGGUUGGCCUCACUGAUACGCGCCGACAGCGGCAUUGGCCUACAGGUAAUUCAGGUGUAGAUAAGCGUGGACAGAGGGAGCGAGAAACGAAGGUUGUGAAAGGUUGCCUUGUUAAGUUGUUUAGCGAAUCGAGCUAUUUGCAAAUCAUUUCUCCAGAUAACGACUGAGAUUCUACAUUGAACAGUGCCGCACGAGAAGAUAAAAUACGAAGAGCAGAUUUUUGUCUUUCAUUCUGCAGAAACCAAAUCUUAUUAAUGGAAUUGAACUCCCCUAAUUUGAAUAAAACACCUCGUAAAAUUAAACGAUCGCCGGAAGCCAAAGAAGAAAUUCCCUGGGACUGUAGUGUGUGUACUUUCAGGAACACUGCCAAAGCUUUCAAAUGCAAAAUGUGCGAGGCUUGGAAAGGCACGUCUUCGAGGAAACGAAAAACUUGUCCUAGGCAAGAGAUUCAGAUGUUCAGUUCUAUUACAUCAAAAUCAGUUAAAAAAGGAACCGUGGUUGUCGAGUCAAUUUGUGAAGUCGUGGAAGACGAGAAAGUCAACCUAAAAACCUCUACCGAAAGUGAGGCGACCCACAUGAGCAGAUGUGCACAGAAAUUAAACAAGGUGGACGGAAGCAUUUCCCAUUUAGGUGAAGUAACUGUGAGCGAUGCACAACAGGUGAUUCAAACGCACAAUUCACUGCCACCGAAUCAAAUUAAAAAAGAUCGCAUGGCCGACGCAAACAACUUGACCGAAAGUAAGUCAUCCCAGAUAAGCCGGUGUGUAGUUCCAACAUUAAAAAAUGUUGACAGAAGCGCUGCUCAGACAUUCGAAGUUAGCAAGAGCAGUGCUCAAAAGGUGAUUAAAAAGCUCAGUUCAAUGUCACUGAAUCAAACUAAAAAAGAUAGCGUGACCAACGCAAUCAACUUGACCGAAAGAAAGUCAACACAGAAGAACGAACCUGCACAGGAAUUAAACAAUUUGAACAGAAGCAUUUUCCAUUCACGUGAAGCAACUGUGAGCGAUGACCAGCAGGUCAAUCAAACGCACAAUUCAAAACCACCAAAUCAAGUUAAAAAAGAACGCAUGACCGACCCAAAGAACUGCACUGAAAGUAAGUCGAACCAGAUAAGACAGUGUAUAGUUCCAAGAUUAAAAAAUGUGGACAGAAGCACCGCUCAGUCAUUUGAUGUAACCGUGGGCAAUGUUACUGUGGUAAUUACGGAAUUCAAACCCCUAAUCACUGAAACAGGUCUUUCUCGAGAGCAAAGCAACGGACAGUCAGAUAAUAGCAGAACUUAAACAACAUCUAAUAGGAUAUCUUAAAAUAAAUAACAGAAUAAAUAUUUGCAUGACUUGACAUGCCAAAGGGUUUGAAAUUUUAAAUUUGGACGUGCAAUAUAGAUUAAAAUUGUGAAUGCCUGUUUUAUUUUACUUCUGUAAAUACGACUCCAUGGGGAGUAAUUGGUAAAUGCACGUGACAAGGCAAAAUACAUGCCGACAUACGAAUAAUAAACUCGAAUUUGUUUCAAUUUCUGAAUGAACAAUACCAAGUCAGGCUUGGACAGUUUUAAUAUUUUUUAUCGUUGCAUUCCCUUUUGAAGAAAACUGCCGUUGAAUAGAAUGAAGAUACAUUAGAUCGGGCAAUGGAACGGUCACCAGAUAACGCUUCCGGCAGCUUUUCUCAUUAGGCAGAUCAUUAAGAACAAUUUCAACUGUGAAGGUGUCUCGCACCAUCAUUCAAGAUUAUUUAUUGUGCAUCUUGCGUCUUGUGUUCCCAUGAGCGUUUUAUCAAACAGCGAAGGUGAGUUGACAUUGUGAUAGGCUAUCUAAGAAACAAGUAAAUGAAUUUCUGUAAGAUUUGUUUACUAUUUGAUUAAACCGAAAAAAGGAUAUAAAUGCAGAGGUUGUUUUCUUUAUGGCUUUGAUUUAACUGGAAAGGACGCUUGGAACGUUGUUUUAACAUUGUAAUAUAAAGUUGUUUUUUUUAAAUAGCAUUCUUAUUCCCUUGCAAUUUGCUUUAACGGAGUGUUAUACGCGCACGUUUUCAUGAGCUCCGAAGUACUUACCCCUACUUCUUUAUCAACAUUAGUUGAAUAAAAAUGAAUUAUAAAUGACGAGCGUUGUUGUAGCGAAAUGAGGGCAAGAAAACGUGUGCGGAUAAUACUUCUUAUUGUGUAGUAUUUUGUGAUGAUUUAUUUUGCUGUUGAUGUUGCCCAAAAGAAUGCUUUGAUUUUAUGUGUGAAUCAUCUUUUUCUGUAGUUCAUGGGAUUCAUGUUUAGACCUGGCACAAACGAAACUUUUUGGGUUAUUAUUAUGAUAUAAAUUGAUUUCAUUUAUUUCGUAAAAAAUGAAAACCUGCUGGUGAGAUGUGAGAAGAAUCUGCGUUCGUUUUGUUGAGCGCCAGAAUUCCUACUCACCCUAGUUUGGAUUAAUAUACUCGUAGGAAGUUGAAUGCUGAAUAAAUGUACUAACAAUAGUUAGCAACAUUUGAAAGCUCUCAAUUUUGUUCCUGAGUAAAAAAUAAACCUAUUUGCAUCAGUAAAU